CCCACUUCUAUGUUGGAAUGAGGGCGCAAUUCACACUUGUUUUAAACACACACCGUGAACAUAGAAUGCUUCUUGUUUAGCAAUGCCUUUAACAUAAGUGAAUAAUACUUAUUACUCUGAUUUCUGGAUACUUAAGGAUUUGGUGCUGUAGAUAAUCCGUGUUAAUUUAACUAGUUUGAGUGUUUUAAUUAAGAUUUUCUUUUUUGAGGGAUUUUAAAAGGAAAUAGACCAAAAUGUAUCUAUCCGUUGUAUAUUUAGGAUUAGCCGUUUUAAUUGAGGGUUCGUUUGGAGAGGCUAUAGAAGAAUACAGAACAGAGGAAGGUGGUAUAUUAUUGAAACAUAUUUUACAAAAGCGAGACGUUAUGAGGCCUUUACCAUACACACAUGGCGACGCACCACUUCCUGUGACAAGCGACAUGGAAGAGUCAUCUGAUCAAGAAGACACUUCUGCAAGAGGUACCUAUUAUCGUUCUCCGGAAACUGUACAGUCACAUCUUAACGCUAGAGUAGGUGUUGUUCCACAGGCAGACAGCGAUGAUAGUCAGGACUACGAGAGGCAAAGGCGUGAACGGGAACGGGAAGAAUAUGAAAGAAGACGCAGAGAACGUAUUGCUGAGGUUGAAAGAAGAAACCAAGAGAUAGCUGAGGCAAACCGGCGUAAUCAGGCCAGAAUAGAGAGUCGACGACAAGCAAGCAGGACUAAUCCAUCCACUGAAGAUCCGGGUUCAUCAUCAUCUUCAUCAACUGGUGAUUCUUCUUCGUCUUCUUCUUCUUCUAGAAGACAAUACACAAGUACCAGCCAAGGACAAUAUCCACGUACCGGGCAACGACAACGUUACACUGUGUCUACCACUGGAUCUAACACCGGACAAGGACAGGGCCAAAGAACAUAUUACACCCCAACUGUCCAAGGAUCUGAAACAGGUCAGUCAUAUCCUGUGUAUGGUUACAACGGCCAGCAAGGCUCUGUAAGGCCCGGGCAAGGUGUGUAUAGUCGUGGUUACCAACCACGGGGGGGCUAUGUUCCAAGUAGCGGAAGCUAUGUUCCAAGUAGCGGAAGCUAUGUUCCCAGCAGUGGAAGCUAUGUUCCCACCAGCGGGCGUUAUGUCCCAAGCAGUGGAAGCUAUGUUCCCAGCAGUGGAAGCUAUGUUCCCAGUAGUGGAAGUUAUGUUCCCAGCAGUGGACGUUAUGUUCCUAGCAGUGGAAGUUAUGUACCUAGCAGUGGAAGUUAUGUGCCCAGUGGUGGAAGUUAUGUGCCAAGUGGUGGAUCAUACGUUCCUCAAUCUAGUGUACCAGCAUAUACACCAAAUCCGUUAUAUGAUUCAGUUUGUCCAUCGACCGGUGUUCGUCUGAGAAUAAAUGGAUUAGAAUGUACCGAAGCUAUUAAUCAAUAUGGUUCCUCAAUUUGUUACCGCCAUGAGUUCACCUCCAGAGAAUGUUGUGAUAGAUGUCAACCACUGAAAAACCCUGGAAAACUAGGCUGUGAAUAUGGCGACCAUUCUUAUCAAUGUCGACAGAUGCAGAGAUUUGAUUGCUAUGAUCUUCGCCAGAGUCAAAGAUGUUGUGAAUCCUGUGAAAGAUUCAGGACAGGUGAACCCGGUUGUGAAUAUGGUGAUAUGACCCCCAGAUGUCAACAGAUUAGAGAUAACCCUAGCUUAUGUUAUGUACCAGAUAAUGCCAGAUUCUGUUGUUCUACCUGUAAAACUAUUAGGGACAACAAUAAUCAAGAAUGUCCGUGGGGUGACCACAACAGUAAUUUAUGUCAUCGAUACGGUCCUAGUGGUGAGGUAAUGGUCAACUGUUAUUCUGAUCCUAUUAAAAGAUUAUGUUGUCAAACCUGUGAAAGAAUAAAAAGUCGUUAUUCUGGACAAUAUUCGACUCCAGGUUGUGAGUAUGGUGACCGUCCAGUUGUUUUUAAUACUGGACGAUUUGGUAGUCUGAACUGUACGUCUUUUAUUCGUCAGUUCUCCAUGGAACAAUGUCAGUCUAAUCCUGCUGUAGCUGAAAAUUGCUGUUUUACGUGUCGCCGUUAUCAACAGGGUUAACCACUCUACCAUAUUAUAUUUCUAUAUGAUACAUUAUUAUGUAUAUAUUAUAUAGGCUAUAAUAUUGAAUUUGACGCUUUGUAAAUACUAUAUGGCCAUAGAUAUCUUUUCAUGACACCUGUAAUCAUUGUUUUAAUACCUAUAUUAGCCUACUCAUGGUGGUUCAUAUAUCGGAUUAGGAGCUUAAGUUUUAAUACAUGUACAGAAUUGAGCUCAACUGAACUAUUUCUGGAUAUGAUUAAUAUAUUUUCUACAUAUAAUACAAUGUACACCUUCGAAGGCUGUGGUCAAAUAGACUUCCAUAUGACUUCUUGCAGCACCCUAACCGCUUCGUCUUAACACAAGAAUUGACUAUAAUUGGUUAUACGUCAAUUACCAUAGUCUCGGUUCCGUGAAUGUCAAAGACUAAUCACGAGUUUUGGAUUUAAAAGGCACGAUCGGGGGCAUCAAUUAAUCAGGAACCAUUACAACUAACCAGUUCUUUAAACUUUUAAGAGUGCAUACUGAGAAAUGGGGCACUUAUGUCGAAUUAGCGAAGAGUACCGAAUUACAAUUUUUUCAUCCGUUAUUGAAUAUUCACAACCAAAUUUGUAUUAGACUAAGCCGGUUUACCAUUGUGCUUUUUCUCGGAUAAUAUUCACAAUUAAUCACGUGCAAACAACGCCAUAAAUUAUUGACCUUGCCCUUUAAAUCGGCUAAUUCCUAUCAAGAGGAAAUAGAUAUAGUGUUUCAGCAGACGAGACAAAGUUUAGUUUCGGCCAUCCAGAACCUCCAAGACUUCAACGGAGGGUCUGGUCUGGGUCGGUUGUCAACAUUUGGCGAAAUUUACUGGAUAAACAACCACAUUAAAAAAAACCACUCCCGGUUACGCAUGGGCAAUGGAACUUUUUAGCUAAAGUCAUGGUGACGACGAAUUAUGGGAUUAAUAAAAAAAAACAUAGACAUGGUGCUUGAAGAGAGAAAUUUUACAAUAAAAAAAAUAAGAGUGUUCGAUAUUGAACAGGCAUUAUAAAUAGAUUUUUCAGAUACGACAAUUCUUAGAUUAAUUUCACGGGCGUCGACAUCUUGUUUUAGAGCUAGUUACCUCCCUUAUAUUUUGUUCAUGAUAAUGUAAAAGACCGGAUAAUCUAGCCAAUGACCUAGUUAUUCUCAAAUGUUGACCAUCCAACUCUACGAAUAUUAAUCUGAAUGAUCGAGAUUAGACAAAGUUGAAACAACUCAACAUUGGAAAUUCGCACUUCAUAUUCACAUACAAGAAUACGGUGUUGUUUGUCUUCAGAGUUUGCAUAUUCAUAAUUCGGAAAGCUUAUAUUAUUUAGUUGUAAAUAUUUUUGUAUAUUAGGUUUAAUAAAAAAAAAUUACUAACCUAAAAA